AUGCAAUUCAUUUAUGUAUUACCAAGCUGGGAAGGAUCUGCUGCAGAUGGUAGAAUACUACAUAGUGCAAUGCUUCGAGAAAAUGGGUUACAAGUUAGUAAAGGAAACUGUUAUCUUGUUGAUGCCGGGUACACGAAUGGAGAAGGAUUCCUCGCACCAUUUAGAGGUCAAAGAUAUCAUUUGAAUACUUGGUUGAAUGGUCAUCGUCCAGAAAAGGCAGAAGAAUAUUUUAACAUGAAGCACUCGGCUGCAAGGAAUGUCAUAGAAUGUUGCUUUGGGGUAUUAAAAAAAAGAUGGGCUAUACUUAGAAGUCCAUCAUUUUAUCCCAUUCGAACACAAAAUAAAAUUAUUCUUGCUUGUUGCCUUCUACAUAACUUUAUACAAAAGGAAUUACCAUAUGAUCCACUUGACGAUGAUGACAUUAUUGACACUAACAACGAUGAGGAGGAUACAGAUCUUGGAUCACAAGUCGAGCACAUAACAACAAUUGGAACAUCGAAUGAAUGGAUGACUUUUAGAGAAAACUUGGCUAACUCAAUGUUUUAUUCUUGGAGAUCUAGGCAUAACUGA